CGGAACUCUAACCGCACUUAUGUAGAAGAAGGGGUGGUGCUAUGGGGCUGUAAUAGAGACAGAAUCUUUGCUCUAAAGCUCAGUUCAGUAACGAUGAGUAACACUCGACACUCACUAAAAUGCCACGAUCUAACAACCAUCUGGGAUAAGGCGCAACAAACAUGCAUCCCGUGUGCGAAACCCCUAUAAAGCCAGGUCAUGAAAUUACCCCCAACUGUGGGUUUGAUGAUGACGGAGGGCGACACGAGGCAACAACAAAACCGUGCAAGACAAACACUUUUAACAAUGGCAGCAGCUUCCACUGCACACUCUGUAGCCUGUGUCAGUUUCAGACUGAGAGACCUUGCAACACAACAGCUGACACCGUUUGCGGCAAGGUGCCUGUUACGCAAAGAAUCCCGACAACAGAUUUCCCUGUCACAACUCUGGCAUAUCAAGGACCUAACUUGACACCAACCUCACCACCAUCACGUUCUCACAAUGUGUCAUGGGCAGCCUGGGCAGUACCAUUAGCCAUUUUAAUUUCCAUUGUGCUCGUUGCCUUGUCUGCUUAUGUGUUUGGUCUCAAACGGAAAAGAGCAAAGGCUUUUUGCAGGCAACCCUCAUAUAUAAAUGACGGAUUCGCCCCCCUGACAGGUUCAUCUAAUGGCAGUGACGUAGAGGAGAUACUUUGUGCAGACAUCCUGUCUGCACCUCUACAGUCCGUGCUGGACAACUUGGAUGUUUUGGAAGAGCUGGUGAUUUUGCUGGAUCCAGAAAGCCAUGUAAGAAAGAGCACAAAACAUCUGGCGUCGCACUGCGCCUUCCCCUCCACCUGGAUUACUUACACCUACUCUAUGAAGGACAGCAAAAGCCCCCUAAAAGCUGUGCUGGAGGGGGUGACCUGCAAGAACCCCGACUGGACUGUAGGGCACCUGGCUAAACUGCUCAAACACAUGGAGCGCAAUGACGCCAUAGCUGCUCUUGCAAAACUUAAAACAAAUAAGACUGAAGUGUAGCGACUGUUUAGCCCGACUCCCAAAAAGGCUGCUACGAGCACGGAGAGAAGCGGAGCGAUAAAAGGCAUGCCUUAUGCGUCCAAGUUGAUGACGGGGGAAGUCAAGCAUUCCAUAAAAAAAUUAAAUAGUUUCUUCCAUAUUUGCAGCUUCAUUUGUUAUUACGUUUGAAUAAUUAAUGUAUUAUUACCUACCUCCUGGAAAACAUUUAACCUCGACUGCUGUAUCCCAGAUAAACUGCUUAACACGUGCAUGAAGGACAAAGCACAGAAUCAGAAUUUUAGCCAGGCUUUAUCUUUACCCAUCCAGCUAACGAGAUGCCUUUUCCUCCAGUGAACUCAACCAAAAUUCCACAGUUCCUGUUUUCCCCACCAUCAUAUUUACCGCGAUAGUAUUCUUGUCAAAAUAGAACAAAUGAGUAAUGUUUUUUUAAAUGUUAAUCUGUUUCCAAUUGUUGUUGCCUUUAUAAUACUAUUGACCUAUGCAAAUAAAAUCAUUCAAUCAGUCAUUUCAUCAAACAUCUUAACAUCUUUAUUAAGCAAAUAACAUUAUAAAUAAAAAAAGUGCAUAGAAAAAUUAAACAGGUUUAGAAAUAUGUAUACAAAUAUUUACAAACUCAGGGUUUAUUUGUACAUGGUAACAAAGACGUAAAUUUAAAGAGCACAUAUUUUCUCAUUUUGAUGUCUUUUACACUUACGUUAAAAUAACCCUACUAUAUAUAUAUUUAUAUGUAUAUUUAUAUAUAUGUGUAUAUAGAACAUACAGCUUUCUUAACAGAUUCUGGGCGAGAUGGUCAUGAUAACUUCAGGUUUUGACUAGUGCCUUGCAUCCUUCAUGGCACGCACGCACGCACACAUACAUAGAAAUGACAAACAUUUCCAAAUACACACACACACACACACACACACACACACACCUGGAUAUUAAAACCAAGCUAUUUUUUUUUUUAAAUCAUCAUCCUCUCUUUUUGCAUCAGUAUUCCCAAACAUCUGUCUAAACAGCUGAGGUAGAAUCCUUGCAAGGAGUUGGGAGUGACUCUGCUCUUGUUAUCAGCUAGGUGAUUGACACAAGUUAACCUGGGCUCCAUCCCAGUGAUUGGACAUGCAAGGUGGGGGGAGGGGUGGGUGGGUGAUAAAAGACAAAACAUGACAUAAUUUUGGAAAACAUAAUUAUGGGCUUGAGUAGGCAAACAGUGCUCACUUUACUCCUGUGGCUGAUUCUAAGACCAUCAGUAAUCUACAUUAAAAAAAAAAUAAAAGUAAAAUAAAAUAAAGAUUCUUUAAAAAUACCUGCUUUAGAA